CUGUCCUCUGUGCCUCUCAGAGUUUGUCCGAGACGCCCCAAGAGCAAGUGCACGUCAUGUCUGAGAAUCCGGGGAAGAGAGGAGGGGCCUCGUGGAUGUGGACCCUCGGUUCUUUUCGCUCCAGUGGACCUCCCAUUACCUCUACAACAGACUGAUCACGAUGGCAACGGCACAGCCUCCUCAAAUGAUCCUCUUCACCUACGACAUCUCGGUUUUCGGCCGCAAGAUGGACUGGUACUUUGCCCUCACCGGCCUCAAGUAUUUCCAUUGCAUCACUCUCAAUCGACUUCCACGACCCAUGCUAGAGAAGCUUGGCAUCAAAUAUCGUCGGAUCCCCAUCCUUGCUAUUGGCAGAGACAUCUACUGUGACACACGAUUGAUCAUUAGCAAGCUCGAAGAGCUAUUUCCCCAAACUCGCAUUGGGGGCAAGACGCCUUUUGAGAGAGGAGUGGACCAUCUUAUUGAGAACUGGGUCAUCGAUGGAGGUCCCUUUUGGAGGACAUCGGGCCUCAUUCCUUGGGAUGCCGAUGUCAUAAAGGACCCCGAAUGGUGCGAAGACCGCCGGGAAAUGACAGGGCGACCAUUCGAUGCCAAUACUCUGAAAGCAGCCCGCCCGGAGAGUCUGUCACACUCUCGCAUGUACUUCAAUCAGAUGGAGAAAGAACAUUUGGCCGACGGAAGGGAAUUUCUUCUCGGGGGCCCUGAGCCAACACUCGCUGACAUCCAUGCUCUCUGGGUGUUUCACUGGACAGUUGGCAUGAGUAUGGGCAUGGGCGCCACCCUCGAAAAAGACAUCAUCAGUGACAAGCAGUUUCCAAAGACUUUUGCCUUUAUCGAUCGUGCUGUUAAGGCUAUUACGGCCAGGCAGAUACAGAACCAGAACAAACCUCAUGAGCUGUCGGCCGACGAAGCUGUCAAGACAAUCCUCGACUCAGACUUUUUCGAGUCUGAAGGCGACAUCGAUCCUCUAGAUCCGCUCAAGCUUGAAAAGGGCCAAAUGGUGGAGAUCUACCCUGUUGAAUCCGGUUUCAAUCAUCGUGACAGGGGAGAACUAGUUUCCAUUGGUAUUAAUGAAGUCGUCAUUGCGAGCACGCCCAAUGUCGGGCAAGGUGUGCUGAGAAUACACUAUCCCCGAGUCAAUAUCCGAAUACAACCCGCAUCAGACACCAAACUAUAGACACCAAAUUCGUGGAGGUGCCAUUAUACUUUGUAUAUGUAUGAAAGCUGUCGUUGCCGCGGAAUUGAUCAUACGUCCUCACUACCAAGCUGUGUAGCCGCCAUCAAUGAUGAGCUUUUGCAACGAUUUAGUUUGGUUCUGGUAAUGCCAGGGCGGAAUGACUGCUCACCUGUGACCCGGUCAUAAAAGAGCUGGCAUCGCUCAAUGCAAACAACGCCGCCCCUCGAUACUCAGAAGGCUUCGAUAGUCGGCCAAGCUAGAGUCCACCAUCAGACAGAUGUCACACAUACUACAAGAAUCGACUGGGGAUUACCAUGUUCCCAUUUUCCCAUGAAGCCCUCAGCUUGGGAUCGUCCUUGAAGUUCUGCUCGACCAUUGGAGUGAGGAUGUUGCCUGGAAAAAGCGGGAAUUAAUUACCAACGACCAAACAAUAUCUCAAAAAGUCAAUCAUUCCAAUUUACCUGGACAUAGAGAAUUGACACGAAUGGGUUUCCCAUCGACAAUCUGACCCCAUUCCAUGGCGAGACUACGAGCCAGCUGGCAGACGGCUGCCUUGGACGAGUUGUAGACAGAAGAGGUGAAACCACGAUUAGCGAUGAGACCGGACAUACUGGCCACCAGAAGAAUGGAUCCACUGCAUCCGUACUUGAUCAUCUGCCGGGCACAGCUCUGGGCGGAGCAGUAGACGCCCUUGUAGUUGAUGUCGAGCAUCUCCAUGACCUUUUCUGGCGCAUAGUCGAGCGCUGGCUGAACCAGCUGCACUCCAGCCGCUGCAAUCAAGCCGUCCAUCCGUUGAUGUUUGCCUGCGAUCUCGGAGACGACUCGGUCUACGUUGCCAGCCUCGCGUACGUCAACCUUGUCGAAGUUUAACGAGCCCCCAUACUCUAGACUCAGACGAUCUUUGACGACCUCGAACUCUUUGUCAGGCUCAUUCAGUCGGUCAAGACAAUAGACUAUGAUGUUCAGGUCAGGAUUCAGCACACACUGCAAUGCUGCUGCUGUUGUUGCUUGAGAAGGGAAGUCAAGAUAAGAAAAGGAACUCAUCUACCCACCUAUUCCACCGGCCUCGACCAGUGCUUCAGCCAGCGCUAACCCCAAUCCUCGCCCACCGCCAGUCACAACAAAGAUCUUGCCAUUGAGGUCAAACUCGCGGAAUCGAAAUGCUACCUUUUUGGGGUCCGGUAGUUUCUCGUGGAUCGGGGGAGUAUCCGUUUUUGCGGCGGUGGCAUGGCGAUGAGACGACGAGCUCCACGACCGACUCCACGAGGGAGUAAUAAAACUAGUGUGAAGGUGGUGUGAGAGGUAGCGAUGCUGUAUAUUGUUGGACACCUGUCCGAAGGCAGCGGCGGCUGUGAUCCGCGGACAGUAACGAAAAGCAUGGGCACGGGGCGCAAGCAGUGACAUGGUGGUAAAGGCUGAGAAGGGUGCACUGCGCUGUAGCGUCACCUAGCCACUUUACUGGUCACCUCUACACUUAUGUUGGUACCUAUCUUGAGGAGUUGGUAUCAUGUUGCAGUUUGCAACUUUUGACCAGCUAUAGCAGGCUGGGCAAGACUUCACCCAAGUCACACGCACAAUGGAAGCCAUCGAGAUGUGUGUCGUCAAUUGGCCCGCCAGAAGCCAGGACUUUGCUCGGCCACGUACCAAGGGCAUGCCGUGGCACGGGCAGAGUCCGCGUGGUCUGUCAGCCAAAGGACGGUUUGUCAUGAAUAGGAUGCCGACGAUCGCACUGAUGUGACGUUAACUCCUUGGUAAAGGUGGCGGCUCAAGAUUGCGGGGUAUCAAGUAUCAAGAAUCUGGCGUGGACUUGUUGGAUGAUCGUCAGAGGCUAAAACAACAAAAGGCUUGACUGGCUCACGGCACACAUUUGGUCGCUCAUUGAGUGUGCCAAAGGUGAUGCCAUAUAGUGGGUGUCUUGUGGACCUCAUACCUCAUGUUCCUGCA